GCACAAACAAAGACUAUCCCUGCUACGAGAUGAAACGGCGUUUUGGUUUAUUAAUACUAAUGUUAACUUUUAGUGACGUGUUUUGCUGGGGUUAUGUUUAUUGUUGCAAUUCCUCAACUUUACUCACAUUUUUAAAUGUUAACCGGCUGGGAUGGAAGCUAACUGUUAGCCUUGCUGCGUUUAAGGUGUCCAUGUGUGUAUCACGUGAUGUGUGCGCCAUUCAAAAGGUCAACGAGCAGUCAAACAUAUGCUUGAAGACGAUGCUUAGACAAAAACAACUAGAUUCCAGCGCCCUCGGAGACUACCCGGGCAGCCCUCUCAGCUGGCUCAGCAAUGGUUGCCUGUGGAAACCAGGGGACGUGGUCCCAGCGAGGGUCGCCGCUCCACCUGGGGAUGACCCCUUGACACGGUGGACCCUGUCGACUUCCCGCCGCAAUGGAGAGUCGUCGUCACUUGCUGCCCCUCGCGCUGGCUUUACUGGGGUUUUUCAGCCCGUGUGUGACCCCGCUGACUUCCAGGGUCUCCUUCUCCUUAGCCCCGGGAGACAACUCACCCGCUUCGGCAGCCCCGACGUGGGCAACACCACCACACUGCUGCUCAGCGACGACGGAGACACGCUCUACGUGGGAGGGAGGGAUGCGGUGUUAGCGCUGGAUGUUAGGCUCGAGGACACUAUGGUACUACGGAACAAGCUGGACUGGAGCCCUUCAGUGAAAGACCUGGACCAAUGUUCCAUGAAAGGAAAGAAAAUGGCGGACUGCCCCAAUUUCAUCCGCGUGCUGCAGUUCCUGAACGCCACCCACAUCUACGCCUGCGGAACAUUCGCCUUCAGCCCGCGUUGCAUCUACAUUAACUCUGAGACGUUAACGGUGAGCCUCAAGUCUGACGAGGGACGGGGUCGCUGUCCCUAUGACCCCUACCAGCGCAACACAGCUAUCAUCGUAGAUGGAGAGCUGUACACGGGCACGGUGGCCGACUACAGGGGCAACUGGCCGUUAAUCUCCCGCCACCUCAGCGAGGGCACCCGUGUGGACCUAAAGUUGGAUGACAGCCUGGGAUGGCUGGAGGAUCCAACUUUCAUCAGCUCCACUUUUAUUCCUGAUGAGGGCAAAAUCUACUUCUUCUUCAGCGAAGUGGGCAGAGAGUACGACUUCAUCGACAAGUUUAUUGUGUCCCGUGUUUCCCAAAUCUGCACGAGUGACAUCGGGGGCCAGCGGACGCUUCAGCGGCGCUGGACCACCUUUGCCAAAGCUCAGCUGCUGUGCCAGGCGGACAACGAGCUGCCCUACAACGUGAUCCAGGACAUCGACAGCCUCCCGCCGGCAGAGGGCGCGUCUACGGAUGACACGCUCUUUUACGGCAUCUUCACCUCUCAGUGGUCUGUCAACUCGGGGCUGUCAGCAGUAUGCUCGUUCCGCUUGUCGGACAUCAGGUCGGCCUUCUCGGGCAACUACAAGGUCCUGAACCGUGACACGCUUCAAUGGAGUACGCGGGUGCAAGAGAAGGUCGCCAAUCCAGGCGAGUGCGGCCUGCACAACGCGUCAGACAACGCUUUGCGCUUUGUCAAAGAAAACUUCCUGGCUGACGACAGCGUGCGGCCGGCGGGGAGGAGUUUGACCCUGGUGUCCGCUGAGCACAUCUAUAGCCAUCUGAGUGUCCAGAGAGUCCGGGCGUCCAACAGCGUGGACUACACGGUCCUCUUUCUCCUCACAGAGUCGGGUUACCUUCAUAAAGCGGUACUGCUGCAGAGCGGCGCCCACAUCGUGGAGGAGGUGCAGGUUUUUGAGAAAGCACAACCUGUGAAGAGCCUGAAGCUGUCUGUACCCAAGGGCGUGGUGUACGUCGGUACAUCAGAGGGCGUGCUCAGACUCCCAACAGCCAACUGCUCUUUCUACUGGACCUGUGCUCAGUGUGUCUUGGCCCGAGACCCUUUUUGUGGGUGGGAUCCUUCCCUCCGGGCCUGUGUGAUGGUUUCUGGUGCCCACGUCAAUCUCGGCCAGGACAUAGAGCGCGGCAAUGUGGUUCAGGCGUGCAAAAGUGUUGCAUUAACACCCAGGGCCCGGUUUGGACCCAAUAACAUGCCUGCAGCUUCCUGUCCCACAGGUGAGCUGGUGUCGGUGUCUCUAAACGAGGUGGUGCGACUGCAGUGUCCCGCCGCGUCCCGCCUGUCUCGCCAGUCCUGGGAGCGGCCAAACAGCCGCCUGUCCUCGGAUUUAUACCUGCACCUGGAGGAUGGCAGCCUGAGCUUCGUGGCCACUCCGGCCACGCUGGGACACUACCUCUGCCUGUCCACGGAGAACGGCUUCCAGCAGACGAUGGCCAUCUACCACGUCAAACAGAAGAGCAGCCCCCUGCCUCAAACGCCCACCAAGCGGGUAUUGCCCCAGACGCUCCCUUCGCCUACCGAGUGGGAAGCCAGGCCCAGGAGGACAGAGUCCAAGCAGGCCGAGCCCACACUGAUCAGCGGGGACACUCAGGUGACCGCAGGGCAGCUGGGCAGUAACUUCACCCUGUGGAUGGUGAAAACGGCGCCCAAAGAGGCCGCCUUCCGAGACGGGGAGCCGCUGAUGUCGGAAUCGGCUCCCUGUUACCUGAAGGAGCUGGUGGUGGUGUCCAUCCUCUUGGUGCUGUGCCUCAGCCUGCUUCUCACCGUCCUGCUCUACGGUGCCAAACAGCGAUGGCGCAGUCAAACCGUUCCGCACGUGCCAGGCACCCCCGGGCCAGACCCGGACAGAAGGACCCCUGUGGAGCACGAGGUCCUGCGCGGGAGCCCGUCUCAAAGAAAAUGCAACGGACACAUGCAGCAUGGCGGACCGGCCAGUGGCGUGCUCUGUAACGGAGCGCUCACGGGCUCCAACGGCCACUUGCCCAACACGCCCAUCUGAGUGAGUAUUACUGCUGACUGUUGGGAACGCGAUAGUACGAAGGACUACGGUACUAAUGUCAACACAGCGGCUUUGUUGCUACAAAGGAAUAUUAGGGCCACACUGACUAGGGAAAAAGUUUUAAUAUGAGGAAAAAUAAUAAUAAUUUGCAAGAAUAUAAUACCUCUGUAAAGUAGUUACCCUUAUCAUUGCAAAUAUUAAAUAGCACUGCCCUUCUUUUGUGCUGUGAAAAUGUACGUGCGGUUAUGGUUUUUAAGUUAUCAUAAAAUAAAUUUGAUGUGUCAUCCAGCCCCCCCUUGUCAAAAUCUCCCCAAACGUGUCACAUUCGUUUGUGCUGCAAAAAUGUUUUGCUAACAAACUAUCAUAUUAAACUACUAGUUUUUAUGUUAUUAACGUUUUAGUAUUCAUAACCAGUGACCCCCACCUUGUCAAAAUCUCCCCAAACUUCUCCCAAACGUUUGUGCUGCAAAUUUUGUUUGUCUUUCUAUGAAUCUUUAUGUUAACAUUUUAUAGUUUUAAUGUUACUAACGUGUUGUCAUCCAUAAUUAGCUCCAUAACAUAAAAACUAUAAUAGUUAAACUAUUUUUUUUGCAGCACUAAUGUAGCACAAAUAAAUAGGGCAGGUUUGGGAAGAUUUUGACAACGUAGGGUGGUUGUUUACCGCAUUUUUCGGACUAUAAGUCGCAGUUUCUUUCAUAGUUUGGAAAAAAACAUAUAUACCGGUAAGUCGCACUGGAGCCCGGCCAGUGCGACAUAUAUGUUUUUUUCCUUUUUUAUUAUGCAUUUUGGGCAGGUGCGACUUAUACUCCGGUGCGACUUAUACUCGGAAAAAUACGGUAUACAUAAUAGAACUUUAAUAACAUUAGAACUUUAAUAAGCGGUAGAAAAUGGAUGGAUGGAUGGAUGGAUAGACAGAAAAUGUUUGCAGCACAAAUGAGUUGGACCGGUUUGGGUCAUUUUUCGGCCGUGUUAUUUUAAUAUUCGCAAUGAUAUGCGGCCCAAUUUUACAUAGGUGAAUAGAGUCAUUGUUAUUAGGCAGAAAAAUGUGAAUUAAUUAAGAAUUUUUUGUAGAAAAUGUUUUAAAUAUUAUGAGAAAAACAAUAUUGAUAAGUAUGUCCUUGUCCUAAUAUUAGUACUUCCAUCCAUCCAUCCAUUUUCUACCGCUUAUUCCCUUUGGGGUCGCGGGGGGCGCUGGAGCCUAUCUCAGCUACAAUCGGGCGGAAGGUUAUUAUUAUAAUAAUUUGACAUUAUUCUCAUUAAAUUGUGAUUCAGGUAGUUGUUGUCAAUGUAUUCUUGUAAUAUUUGUACUUUAUUCUUGCAAUCACAGCGUUAUUUCAUGACUUAAUUGUUGUAUUUGUUUCUCCUUUCAGUGUGGCCGUAAUACAACUUUUUUUGUUUCCCAAGAUGCCGAGUGGCUGCAAUAUAAAUGUUUUUAAUACGUGUUUGAUGCCAUGUGACUGCUACAUGUACACUUUUUUUUAACAGAUAAUAAUACAAAGCACCAGAGUUUAGUAGGAUUCUGUACAAUGAAAAAAGUAAUAUAUUAGUUUUUGUGGGAUUCAUUCCUAUGGAGCCUAAUUUUUGUUGUAUGAUUUCCUACUAAAUUCCUGUGUUUAUAAUCAUUGCAACAGCAGCUGUCUAAACUACGGAUAGCUUUGCACACGUGCCUUGGCCACACUGAGGAAUGACACUUUUGGACCCUAUAAUAAUGUGAUUAUUCAACCACUUCAAGUGCACACAGUCUUGUGAAUUUUAAACAGUUUUAAUGUUGUGAAUCAGGGUGAAUGUUAGUGGACAUUUACACUUCUCUGUGGUGAAUCAGGACCAAAUAGUGUGUACUAGUCGGGAUUCUGUUAGGAUUUUUGUAUGCCUUCGUCUUGCCUUUUUUUUAGGACAAGCAUCACUUGUUCUCACCACGACACAUUCCCAUUGUGGUGUGUUGGGUACUGUGUUUGGAAAUGACCACUCGCAGAGUUCAUUAAAGGCAUCAGCCUCAAAA